CGAAAGGUCAAAGAAACAGCAGCAUACUACAGAAAGAGAAAACAUAAGCGAGCAUAGACGUCAGAGAAAAAGAAGAAGAAAGUGAAAGAUGGGUAGAGCUCCUUGUUGUGACAAAGCUAAUAUGAAGAAGGGUCCUUGGUCUCCUGAAGAAGAUGCUACACUUAAAUCCUACAUUGAUCAGAAUGGCACUGGUGGCAAUUGGAUUGCUCUUCCCCAAAAGAUAGGUCUUAAAAGAUGUGGGAAGAGCUGUAGAUUGAGGUGGUUGAACUAUUUGAGACCCAACAUCAAACAUGGUGGAUUUUCUGAAGAAGAAGAUACAAUCAUCUGUAAUCUCUACAUAAGUAUCGGAAGCAGGUGGUCUAUAAUUGCAGCUCAAUUGCCGGGAAGAACUGAUAAUGAUAUCAAGAACUACUGGAACACAAAACUGAAGAAAAAGUUACUUGGAAGGCGCAAAGAUUCUCAGGCGCGUCGCCUUUCUUCCUCGAUCGAUAAAGAUUUGAAAGACUCAAAUGAGGAAGAUAACUCCUACGCUAACACUUUGAGUAAUUCGGCUCUCGAAAGAUUACAGCUUCAUAUGCAGUUUCAAAACCUCCAAACUCCAUUAUCUUUCUACAACAAUCCUGUCCUUUGGCCUAAGUUGCACCCUCUUGGUGAAAAAAUCUUUCAAGACCAUCAACAUGGUUCAAACAUGAUGAAUAUCAACCCUACUGCUGAAUCAUCACCAUUCAUCCAAAAAAAGCCUAAUAGCCAAGAUGGAAUUGCAUCUCAUCAAUCCACCACGUUCUGUGAACUAUCAAUUUCCUCCGCUGAACUGGAACGAGAUGAUUCGGCUACUCGAAACCCAAAUAAUGGAAAUGAUCAUUUAGGCUAUUCCUUGGAAGGAUUCUCGUCUUUUAAUGGUGCAAACAAUGUGGUUGAUGAGAAUAUCAUGAAUUGGAAAUCAAAUGGCGGUGUAGAACAAUUGAACACGGAUAACUUUCAAUCUUCAGUGUUCGGAUUACAAGCUGAACUCACUGAAUUGCUAAAUCACAACAAAACAAGUGGCUUUGAAGUAAAUGAAAAUCAUCAUUCAAGAAAAAAUAGUACGAUCUCCGAAACCGACUACUGGUUUAAAGAAAUGGAUGGUAAUAGUUCCAAAGACAGCAAGAGUUGGUGGACUAGUACUACCACUGAUUUUGAUACAAUAUCUUCGUCAUCGAAUUCUUGGGACAAUUCUGCAUCUGCUUAUCAUAGUACUGCUAAUGAUGAACAAGGAAUGUUUCAAGAAUACGUUUUAGAGUAUGAUUUAUAGAGAAUGAAUGAACAAGGAUAAGUACUAAUAAUUCCCUAUAGAUAUUAGCUUGGGCGCUAGUUGUUUAGUUUAGUUUGUAUUAUCAGUCUCAUGAUGAGUAGACAGGAAAGGGUGGGGGGAAAUAAUGUGUCUCUGGGUAAUGGCUGUGGUACGUGUAAAUUGUG